UUCUAUUCCACCGGACCUUCCUUUCACAUCAUCUAAAUAUUGGCUUGCUAGCUACUAGCCUGGCUCCUAUACCGCAACUGCUUCAGACGAUCUUCCAAAGAAACCCCACCUACUGUGCAUUCAUACACCUAAAUCGUUAUGAAAUUGACUGUUACCACUACAGUUUUGCUUAUCAGCACUGUGGUUGCAAUCGAUUUGGAUGUUUCAUCCAAGGAAAGCAUUUGUUCAGCCGCAAGCACCAUCGCUAAGGGUGUAAUGGACUAUUACGAGGGGACACGAUACGGCGGAGUAGUUGGCAUGUUCCAACAACCAUACUAUUGGUGGGAAGCGGGUGAAGCCUUUGGCUCCUUAUUGGACAAUUGGUACUACUGUCAGAAUUCCCAGUACCAAGCCGUCAUCUCUGACGCUAUCAUCGCUCAGUGCAACGCCCCGGCCUACGACUUUAUGCCUCUGAACCAAACCGUCACCGAAGCCAACGACGACCAGGUCGUGUGGGGUAUUGUUGUAAUGGCUGCUGCUGAACAUAAUUUCCCCCUUCCAGACGGGACAGGGGCUUCGUGGGCCGAGAUGGCGGAAAAUGUCGCGGAUUCUAUGUUUGCCAGGUGGGAUCCAGAUAACUGUAACGGUGGAUUGAGAUGGCAAAUUUUCCCCAACAUGAGUGGCUGGGACUACAAAAAUGCCAUUUCGAACGGUGGCUUGUUCCACUUGGCCAGCCGUUUGUACAGAUACACCGAUGACACGAAGUACUUAGACAUGGCCACCAAGGUUUACACCUGGAUGGUGGAUAUUAACAUGCUUGACACCAGGCAAAGCCCUUGGGCAUUGAACGAUGGUGCCAAUAUUGGUGAUGAUAAUUGUGGAGAGAUGGUGAACCACUAUUACAGCUACAGCUAUGGUUUGAUGUUGUCUGGCGCUGCUUACUUAUUUAAUGCUACCGAGAACGAGGAGUGGUAUUCCGCCACUUACAGUCUUUUGAUUGCCUCCGCCGAUUUGUUCUUUUACGAGUCAGUCAUGAGAGAGUACCAAUGCUAUGUAACUGGUCUCUGUAACAAUGACCAGCGUUCCUUCAGAUCCUUGUUCUCUCGUUCGUUAGGCCUCACUACCGUCAUGGUCCCUCAAACCGCAUUCCCGAUUAAUUGGUUAUUAAGCGCAUCGGCUAGAGGUGCUGCCGCCUCUUGUUCUGGUGGUAGCGACGGGGUUACCUGUGGCUUUGAUUGGAGCAAGGGGUCUUGGGACGGGUGGUACGGCUUGGGAGAACAGAUCAGCGCCAUGGAGUGUAUUCAAAAUUUGCUAGCGUCCUCAGCCAGUGCCCCACUCACUCAGCAAGGUUGACAAAGAGGACUAAUUUUAUCUUGAUAACCUUGAUUCUUAUAUUGCACACCAUUAAGCAUGGUAUUCUUCAUUCGCUCAUAUAUACAUUCUUUUGCAUACUCAUUUAUUUCGGAGUAACUUUCAUACACUCUGUAAUACAUAUUUUCUGAAAUACGCA